AUGGGGAACUGCGAGGAAUUGUCGUACGAGGAGGCUCACGCCGCACAGACGCGCUCCGGGCCGACGGUCCUGUCGAAAGAACAUCAACGCAAGAAUUUGGAGCUCCGCUCCCGUUUGCGUGAUGUUCUCCCUGUUGACGACCGCCAAAAACUCUCUGACUGUGAUCUGCUCUACCGGUUCCUCAUUGGCAGGCGGUGGGUGGUGGAGGCGGCGGAUGCAUCCUUGCGAACGUACGUUUCCCUGCGUAAAAAAAUGAACUUGAACACUAUAAUCGCAGAGAAAUUUUCGAAGGAAGUUGAAACGACCGCCUCGUGUUUGUACGGGUUUGACAAGGAGGGAUUUCCUGUCAUGUGGAAUACACCCGACAUUCCGCUCUUGGUGAGGAUGCUGAAGGAUGGAUUAGAGAGAGAUUUGCUGCGGGUGCAAAUGCAGUCGAUGGAAAAGGCACGAUUUUUGGCGAAGGAGCGGCAUGUAGACCGUUGCACACUUGUAUUGGAUCUUCGUCACGUUGGUAUUUCAUCUGCCAACUCCGUUAUAUUAUCUUUUUCGCGUGAGUUGGCGAAGAUCAUGCAGGCAUAUUACCCGGAGAUUAUGUGCCGCAUGCUUGUCUUCAACGCUGGUUGGGCAGUGGCAGGGGCGUGGAAGAUGUUAAGGCCGUUUGUUGACCAACGCGUGCAGGAUAAGGUACGCUUCUUUCCUGGAGCCCCCACGAUGGAGGCUAUUCUUCCGUUUAUUGACGAAGAUCAGUUCCCGCCCUCAUUCGGAGGAAAAGGCACACGAGAUGUUGCAGCGGAAAUGCUUCAGGCUGAAAUCGAACACGUGCAAGGCAUCCCCGUGGGGGAAUCACCGCAGGGGACCUCAAACACAGUGGUGCCCACCACAACGGGCCCAACGGCGACGAAUGUAUCCAUAACGGCGAUUUCAUUGCCGCAUUCCGUACACCCUGGUUCUUUAAGAGUGAUGGGGGAAAAAAUGGGUAUCAGCACCACGCCACCUUGCUUGCCAGACGAUACUUCCGUGGGAGUUGGAUCGGGGAGUGCCGAUGCGUUUAGCACAUGCGUCUCGGCCGACAAUGAGGCGUUGGAGGUGUUUAGUUUCUGCAGCUCCAUUCGUUCUGACAGCGACGAUGCGGUUUCUUUGCCAUUGAUACAAAUAGGUUCACUGGAGGCCCUGGAGCUAUCUGACAAGAAGAGGGGCGGCCCCGAAUCUCGUGCGGGGAAGGAGCGGCAGGUGCAAUUUUUGGUGCCCGAAAGGACGUCGAUGUCUAUUAAUCUAACAGAGUACGCGGAUGACAAAAUUAUUGGAUUUUUUGGCAAUAAAUUUGUUGGGGAAGUAGAACAUAACUUUGUGUACGGCGCUUCUGAAGGUUUUAUGGAAAAUGUUCUUGUGCCGCGAACCUCUUCGUCUUUCUCUUCUUCCCCCACCGCGUUUUUUUCAGCACCGUCUGCGGUUCGUGAACGGGUGAUGAUGGGGGAGUUGCUGAACGAGAGUGGUCAUCGCAUCCAUCCCCAUGUGAUUGUCUGCGAUGCCCAACGGCGCGCCCGCUUUGUCUUGCGGAAAAGUCGGCUACGUCGGUGUGUGGACGUGUUUCAGUUCUUGGGCGGGGCAAACGUCAUGACAGACAGCCUGACGCGCCACACUGUUUCGGGUGAAAGGGUGAAACUGGCGAAGUGCGUGCCGCACCGUGAGGACACCGACGACCCGACGGUGUGGAUGAUGAACGCCGUGACGGCGGACGGCAGCAGGCAGCUGCGACAGCAGCGAGCCUCGCAGUGCUUGGCGGAAAAGAAGGGACAAACACUCAUCGCUUACGGCAUGCUAGCGGCAAUGGCGCCCAUUGACGUCUUCACGUUGCUUGUUGGUGUCUGCCGCGUGUGGGAGGCGGGUGUACGCCUUGCACCGCGGGGCUGCGGGAUUCCCAAAGCGAAGAAUCUCUUCGGUGUGCAGAUGCCGUUGGUCAAACCAGCGAUUUUUCGCAGGUUCUGGCGGCCCGAAUCGUCCAUGCCUGCCACGGACGCGAAUCAAGAAACCGAAACGCAUCCGGAAUAA